AUGUUGCGUUUGAUUAAUACAAUGAACAAGUCAAAAUUUACUCCACGUUUGUAUAUAUUAGCUGAUACAGAUACGACAAGCCGUGUCCGUAUACAGAGUAUUGAACAUGGUACAGAUUGGUCCAUAGCUAGUAUACCAAGAUCCAGAUCAGUAAAUCAGUCAUAUUUAACAUCUGUUUUGUCGACUAUUUGUUCAAUUAUUAUGACUGUACCCGAGGUUUUAUCAUUCAAACCAGAUAUAGUGUUGUGCAAUGGACCAGGCACCUGUAUUCCAGUAUGUUUUGUUGCUUUUAUGAUGACAUUAUUUUUACAUACCAAUAUAUCAAUUAUAUUUGUAGAAAGUAUCUGUCGGGUAAAUACUUUAUCACUAACUGGAAAAAUAUUGUAUUUCAUUGCUGAUUUGAUGAUUGUCCAAUGGCCCGAAUUAAAACAAAAAUAUGGAUCGAGAGUUAAAUAUCUUGAUGAAGGGUUGUCUAUAUAA